AUGACCAGGCAGCUCAAUCCAAGGAAGUCCAAGACUCAUACAAGAAACUCUUCAGAGUCCCAGGAACACGAUAUCAAUCGGUUUGACCAGGAAAUGGUCGACGCAGACUUUGAGACAGAAGACCAGGACGAGGAGGACGCCGUGCUCACAAGACUUGCAGGCAACUACAGGCGCUUCUCUGAGUCCCAGAACAGACUGCACCACGAUUCUGGCGAAGACAUCGAGUCUCGCACCACUUACGAUUAUGACGAAGAGGAAGAGGAAGAAGAGGAAGACGACCUCAUGCGCUCGUUUCACGGAGCCCUCGGGACAGCGUCUAGCGCACAUGGCGCUCAAUUGGAACUCAACCUGGCCAACGCCCUUGGAAGCUCUUCGCGGUCAGAACAUUCCGUUGGCACCUCCAGAGACGAUAACGAAGACCACGACUCUGCCCACCAAGACCACGAGAUCGGCAUGUUCAGAAGCGCUCUGGGAAGAAUGUUCCCCGGUGCAGGCUUCGGAGAGGUGUUUGGCAGCAUAACCCGAAUCUCAGAACUCGUUAAUGCACUUAAAGAACACCAAGAUCCAUUUAUGAUUUUAGAAACCUUGAACGAACUGUCCGAACGAUUAUUGAUGAUGAACGGCAUCAUGGCCGAGCGCAACUUACCGUCAUACAAACUGGCACAGUCCAUUGUGUCCAUCAUCGAGAACCCUAUGUACCAAGAAGACUUGGAGGUUCAGUUGGUGGCGUGCCGUUGUCUUUACAAUUUGCUGGAAGUCAACACCGAUGCGGUUCACGACGCAGUCUCUGCAGGAGCGAUCGAAGCGCUUCAGUCCAAACUCAUAGAAAUCAGUUACAUCGAUUUGGCAGAACAGGCUCUGCAGACUCUGGAAAUGAUUUCCAGAGAAUGCGGCCGAGAAAUUCUACUCAAAGAUUGUCUUCCUGCAUGCUUGAUGUACUUGGACUUCUUCACAAUCCACGCACAACGGAAAGCGCUUUCCAUCGCUGCCAAUUCAUGCAAGAACGUUCCUUUAUCCAAAUUCAACCUCCUGAACGAGGCUUUCCCAAUAAUAGAGCGCGUGGCCAUUGAAUAUUCCGACUCUGCAUGUUUGGAGAGCGCAUGGCUUGCCAUCUCACGAGUGAUCAAGAGUUUUGACCGAGAACCACAGUUAUUGGAGCUCCUCAUUAACGAGAAGCUUAUCAAGAAGUUGUUGACUCUUCUUCCUAGCUGUUUGGGUAGAGGAAGACAUUCUAACAAUUUUAUAGGGUUCGGUUCGUGCCUUAAACUCAUCAAGUCUCUCUCAGUCAUUGCAAAUGCAUCUCCAAAACUAUCGAACGUUUUACUUGAAAACGGAGAGAUUGGGAAAAUGAUCCUGUCGUCAAUCGCUGGUUACGAAAAGACAGACAAAGAGGAGAACGUCGCAGGGACAGCCGAACAGCAGGUGUCCGUUGAGGCACUUAUGGCCACACCAAAGGAGCUGAUACUUGCUAUAAUCAAUCUGAUUGCACCAAUACUUCCAUUCUGUGAAUUUGAUCAAAGCUCUACCAAGGCCACUGAUGUUGGUAACUACCGCGGAUACAGAAGCUCGCGUGAUCGGUUGAACUCAAACAAAGCGAGAAUCGAGUUAUACAACAGCGAAGAGAAUGUCAAGGCGUUUGAAUUGUUCAUCCAGGAGAUGUUCCCAUUGAUUCUUAACAUUUACUCUUCGACGGUGGAUUACCAAAUAAGAAGGCUCGGAUUGGUUUGUCUAAUCCGUUUGGUUGGUUCAGCCAAAACUGACCAGCUCUCCAAUCUUGUCCAAACAUGCAACAUAACUUCUUUGUUGGCAUCAAUCGUGACUCAUGGACACCACGUUUUAAAGAAGGGAACGAACACAAGCGGAUCGAUCCACGAAAUGAGACCAUAUGUUCUGAUGUACGGGGCAUUGGUGGUCACAGAUAUGCUCUUGGUGAAGGCACCCAAUGUGUUUUUAGCAGACUUCGAAAGGGAAGGCCUCAUCGCUCACGCACAGCAAUUCACAGAAGAUCUCGCAGCAGACGAGAGAGUCUCCAAAGCACUUGGGGAACACAGCGUUGGGGAAGACGAUGGACAGAUGGACGAUAUUGAUUCUGAAGAAGAAUUCGACCAAGAAAGCUCAAACGUGAGCCAGCAAGAACACGUUCAUCAUGGCGAUUCCAAACACGUCGAAGAUGUUGAUGAUGAGUCUAACGAGCAAGCCGAUACAUCAGAUUCACCAGACGACGACGACGAAGAAGACUCUUACAUGCCUCGACCUGUUUACGACUACACGCUUGAAAGUGAUGGUGUAGCUGCUCUCACAAUGGACGCGUUACUGACAGAGCUUGCAAAAGCUGGACAAACUCUCAGAAAAGAUUACUUUUCAGUCAAAGCCACUACUCCUCAUCUGUCUUCUUCGCAAACGGCACGGCUAUUACAGCUGAAAACUAUCUUCGACAAUGCUCACUCUUUGAAAUAUCAAGACUGGUUAGAGCUUUGGCGCAGGUUUGCGGAAACUUGUGGUUUUGUCAAAGGCGGAAGACAGAUAUCGAGUUAUGAGCUGAUAUCAUCAGGAGUGAUACCACUUCUUUCUGAGCUGUUUAAUGACGAGUCUGCACAUGAGAGUUCAGAGUGUUUAAGAGCAUUCCAAGAAAUCUUUUGCUCAACAUUCAGUCCUUUGGGCAACAACGAACAUUUGCCUCUGGUAUAUUUUGUCAAAAAGCUUGAGGAAGCAUUGAGUCGUACAGAGUCUUUUGAGAUUAUCAGCUCUGGCGCAAACUGGAACUCUUCCAACAUGAAUUCAAGAGCAUCGUCGAUGGCUAAACAGGUUAAACUCAAACUGACUCCUGAUGAUUCAGAACAAGGAGGAAGACAAUUGAUGCUGAUGGUGCACGCAAUUGCUACAUUCAAGUCUAUCAACGAGUUUUUGAAGCAACGUGCCGACGGAAUGCGUGGUUUAAUGAGAGCGAUUUCGAUUCCAACACCAGUGUCUCAAGAAAGCGAGACACCGUACCAUCUGGAAUUCACAAUCAAUGGGGAAAUCAUCCCGCACGGAACGACUAUUUAUGGAGCUAUUCACCGGUCUUUGCAAACGGAGUCCAACGACAUUGUUCCAUCACGCAAGAUCUGGACCGCUGUUCCUCACGAGGUGCACUAUAGAAGGGUCGAAGGCGAAUCCCCGGAAUACGACGAGGAUUUGUAUCCAGCAGAGGGAAUCGAUGAUUCAUUGGAGUCUCUUGGAGACGAGUCUACUGUUCAGAUACUGAAACUCCUGCAGAUACUUUAUGCAGUGAACGGUUCAACACGUAAUCCAGGGGCUUCCGAAACGUUGUUCCUAAACUACAAACUGACUGCAAAACUGAACCGUCAAUUGGAAGAGCCUUUGAUUGUUGCCAGUGGGACGUUGCCGGACUGGAGUGUCCAUAUCACGCGACAAGUUCCAUUCUUGUUUCCAAUCGACACAAGAGUGUUCUUUUUACAAUCCACAUCGUUUGGGUUUUCUAGAUUGAUCAACCUUUGGCAAAACAGAUCCAGCCAAGAAGACCACGACGGGUCAAGCUCGUCUGCCAGCAGCGCACCGCAGCUUGGAAGGCCCGUUAGGCACAAGCUUAGAUUGUCCAGAAAGAAGCUGUUGCAAGGAGCGGUCAAAGUUAUGGACGGGUAUGGAACAAUUCCUGGUCUUUUAGAGAUUGAGUAUUUCGAUGAAGUUGGAACUGGGUUGGGUCCAACUUUGGAGUUCUAUGCUAACGUCUCCAAAGAAUUUUCGAAGGCAAAGAUCAAUAUGUGGCGAACCAAUGGUGGUGCACGCUAUCGCGAUUCCGAAUCGUCAUCAUCAUCUGACUCUGAAAACGAGUAUGUGAAAUUCGAGACAGGUUUGUUCCCACGACCACUACAUUCACCAAGCAGCAAGAUUCUGCACCUGUUUUCUGUGUUAGGACGAUUUGUUGCUCGGUCAUUACUUGAUUCCCGCAUCAUUGAUUUUGAGUUUAAUCCGCUAUUUUUCGAGAUUGCCAAAGAGCUCGACACAAAGAGCUGGAGAACAUUAUCACGGACGCAGUCAAUCGAGAGGGUUGGAAAGGUGGAUCCAGGACUAGCCAAGGCUCUCUCGCAUUUGGCUAAGUAUUUGGAUGUUUAUGCCGAGGUUCCUGAAUCGUAUCGGUCUGAGGUUGAAAUUGACGGGUCCAAAUUGAGCGAUUUGUCGCUAAACUUCACUCUACCUGGAUACGAGGAUGUCGACCUCAUCCCUAACGGUCAAGAUGUUGAGGUUUCGCACCUAAAUUUGGCUCAGUACAUCGACAAGGUGGUUGACAUGACAAUCAAAUCAGGAGUUCGUUCGCAGAUCCGGUCGUUUGUGGAAGGCUUUUCAGCCGUGUUCCCGUACUCAUCGAUGACCAUUUUCUCUUCAGGGGAGCUUGUCAGACUGCUUGGCAACGGGGAGGAAGACUGGUCGUACGAUACCUUAAUGAGCGCUGUCCAUGCUGACCACGGCUACACAACAGAAUCAGCAAGCGUGCAAAGGUUAUUGGAGAUUAUGAGCGAGUUUUCGUCGGACGAGCGCAGAAAGUUUCUACAGUUCCUGACGGGGUCGCCGAAAUUACCGGUUGGCGGGUUCAAGGCUCUGAGUCCAGACUUGACUGUGGUUCUUAAACAUUCGGAAGAUGGUUUGCAACCUGAUGAUUAUCUCCCAAGUGUCAUGACAUGUGCCAAUUAUCUCAAGUUGCCGGACUACUCAUCAAAGAAAGUGAUGCGCAAACGAUUGAUAACGGCAAUGACCGAAGGAGCAAACUCAUUCUUACUUUCAUAA